AUUUUGUAUAGUUAUAUCAAAUGAAACAAAUUAAAAUGACAUUGAAAUAACACAUAAUACAAUUUAUGAAAAAAAGUCUUUUAUCAUGCUUCUAAUAAUCAAUCAUAUUCAAUUGCAUUCAUAGAUUCUCUAUCAAUAUAUUUUGAUACAAUACAAAAUUAUGUUGAAUUAACAUGUCAAUUUUCAACAGGUGAUAUACAUGAUUUAUUACGUUUUAUAAUAUUUAUAUCAGAAAUAAUUUAUAUAAAUAUAUUUAAAAAAAAAGCAUCAUUUCUUAGUUGUGAAACAGAUCAAAUAAUAUCAUGUUGUACGUUACCGAAAACACUUUUAUCAAUAUUUGAAUAUAUUUAUCAACGACAUGGUUUAACUAUAUCAAAUAUAUUAUAA